AUGACUUUAGAAAUUUGUGUCAACACUUCGACAGUACGGCAGCCAGCAUAUAGAACAAAAGCGCGAAAUCUCCUGCACUUGAGUGAGAUACCUGACUCGACUGCUGCCCUCGGAGCCACCUGCGAAGCCCUCGAAUCCGAUGGGAAACCGUGUUGCGCUGAGCUUCCUUCUAGCGCAGGCGAUCCUUUUUGUCGCCGACAUUAUCGAGAAUGGAGAGACUUGAGUGCGCGAUGGGAGCGUACACACCAAGAGGCAGAAAGACUGAUUGUCCUGAACUUGGAUAUUGCAAAACAAAAAGUCAUCAAAUUGCGCUUAUCGAUCAAACUACGCCGGCAGAUUCGUGAUCAGUUCUAUCCGCGUGGUGGCGAUAUCCAAGACUACAUAAGAUGGAUUGGAAACCUGGAAAACGACAUCAGGCAGCUCGCAGAUAGUCUGCUCAUGCAGACUCUCAAUCGCGGACCAACACCUGAGAUGCCAGGAAUACAUACUGGAAACCCACCUAAGCCUCGCCGAGAUGCUGGAGUCAACAAGGAGAAGAUCAUGAUCCUGCGAUCGCCACUCGACCCAAGAAUACCCAUCGAUUCGCUGCUCAACAUGCCAGACGACGGGACUAUUCUCGUACUUAAACACUUCUAUCGCGAUCUUUGCGCUGAUAGCAUUGGACGAUUGUACAGUAUUGCCCUUGACCUGGACGACUCGCGCCAGCAGCGCAACCCCUCUCUCUCCUACGGUGAACCCGAGACAGACGCAGGAACGGAUAUUAUCCGGGCGUGGUUCCGUAUCAUGGUGCUCCACGAAAGCGAAGCCAGCACUCUGCAGCAUGCGACGAGAUCAACUAAUAUCCACGAGUUCCUAUCGGGAUGCCAAGCAAGUCAGCUUGAAAUGUACUGUGACUUCUUCGAAAAGGCCUGGCGUCCGCAUGCCGUUCAGUAUUUACGUGUUGCAAUCUGCGCGCAGACUUUAGCUGCCGGUGACAUCAAGACGAUUCGGCUGCUAGGAAACACGAUUCCGAGCACUGUCGAGGGACUUCAUAUGAGCAAACCAUGUUGGGAUAUCCUCUACCGCUGGUUCCCUACCUUACUCACUCCAUCAACCAUUGCUAGUAUCUGCUCCAAUUUCGAGGACUACACCACCAUCUGCAAGCUUCUUAUGCUCGGACUUUACAGUCAGUAUUGGCACGAUCCGAAAAGCAUACUGAAUGAAUGCACCACUGGCGUCUAUAUGGGAUUCAUCCCAACAAGCAAAGGCGACCACACAGCGGAUGCCGGCCUCAGGCAGGAAGGUUCACUUUGGGUACAACGUCAAUCCCGGAACUACCUAUGCGGGCAGAUGGCGAUCGGUGAUCCUCUGACACAAGCGUUCCUAGAUGAACUCCGUAAACGAACCGGAGCGCUAUAUCUUGUCGUAUAUGAAGGCACUCACGCAGAUGCCACGGUCCAUCCAACUGAGCCAGAUUUGUACAUCAGCCGUCAUCGUUCAGCAACCACGUUGGACGAGCUCAACGGGGUCGACUACAGCAUCACCCUUACACUCGAAGAUAUCAAAAACGACAUGCGCAUGCGAAAGUCAUCGAUGUACGACCCAAUCGUCGUGGAUUCUUGGCAGUUCAUGAUAAUCGAUCGAGAAGCAGGUUUGCCGUUUCGACUGCUAGAUAUCGUUCAAGAUACCCUGAUGAUGCUCGUUGGAGACCCAUCCCCACGACACAUGGCCAAGCGGGUUGUACGCGAAGUCAUACCGCCUUCGGUACAAGAGAUGUUCUUGGAGGACAUACAAAUCUCCUACUCUAUGGACCUCCGCUACCCAGCUCCUCCUGAAGUGAACCAUGAAGACAACAGGUACAGAUGCUACAAUCCAGAUGCCACGUUCAUCAAGUCGGAGCAGUCAAAAUGGUCUUCCCAACAGAUCACUCGAGAUCAAAAUCGGUUCAUUAGGCGAUGUAUCGACGACAUGGAGCGCAACGGCAUCGUGUCCCUUGCGACCGAGUACGAGAUACCACAGGCGCGUCCGAUCAUCGUACAAGGCUCAGACGGCUCUCCCGACCUGUAUUUCCCAUACGAGGAAGAAUCUACGGAGGAAGAAGGCGGGUGCGCCCCCUCUCUGCCUCUGCCAUCUCCAACAUGUCUGGUCGAGUAUGCUAUGUCUUUCAAAGAGAAAAACCCCAGCGCGAUCUUUGCAAAGGGGUCUAUACAAACGCACUACUGCGCGUGGCCCAUGCCAGCCAUGAAGAGUCUCGGCAGGAAUGGCUUAAACUUUGCAACCUGGGAAGGCCACAUCUAUCGGUGGAACGCCAUGCCAUUCGAUAGGCCAUGCUCGGCGAAUGCAUGGCAAUACUACGUCCAACACUUUUUGAAUUCAAAAUACCCUUUUGUGAAAUUCUACCUCACUACUUUUGUCAUAUGCGCUACUGAUAUGGAGGACGCGGAUGUCAAAGUUGUGCAAUUGCUCGAUGAGAUGGAUGAUCGUGGUUGGAGGGUUACACUGCCUCGUACGCACGAGUGGACCUCACGCCUGGAUGACCUCAAACUGGAGACGCUUUUUAAUGGUGUUGGUCCUGCCUAG